AUCUUUGCGAAUAUUUUGGUUAUCGCGUGACACGGUUGAGAGAGCGAGUUGUACGUAAGAUCAGAAUAUUGCGUCAGUAACAUAAACAUACAAAAUUUCUUGCGAAUAAUGACUCUGUGAUCGUUUCAUAUCACGUAGAAAAUGAUUGGACUUCGAAAUGUAACUAACGUACCUCUGUCAACGGUAUUUUGCUGUGAUAUACGACAAGCAUUCCUUAAAGAUGUACGAUGCGGGAAUUCAAUUUUGCAAAGUAGUAGGACUCUGACAGCUGCAAGCAGAAAAGAACUUGCUCCUGCCAAACGCCCUCUUUAUCUGGACGCACAAGCUACAACACCAAUGGAUCCGCGAGUGUUAGAUGCAAUGCUGCCGUAUAUGACAUGUUAUUACGGGAAUCCACAUUCACGAACUCAUUAUUACGGUUGGGAAGCAGAAGCUGCAGUAGAAAAAGCUCGCAAACAAAUAGCAGAUCUGAUUAAAUGUGAUCCCAAAGAGGUUGUCUUUACAUCUGGUGCGACUGAGUCAAAUAAUAUUGCUAUUAAAGGUGUUGCAAGAUUUUAUAAAAGCAAAAAGAAACAUGUUAUUACAACACAGACAGAACAUAAAUGUGUACUGGAUUCUUGCAGAGCUUUGGAAGCGGAAGGUUUUGAUGUCACUUUCCUUCCUGUAGGACCUAAUGGUAUUAUAUCACUGGCUGACUUAGAAGCGGCCAUAAGGCCAGACACUGUUAUUGUGUCAGUGAUGAGUGUGAAUAAUGAAAUUGGAGUGAGACAACCGAUCAAGGAAAUAGGAGCACUAUGUAAAGCAAAGAAUGUAUUUUUCCAUACUGACGCUGCUCAGGCAACAGGAAAAAUUCCCAUUGAUGUCAAUGCAAUGAAUAUAGAUCUCAUGUCUAUUAGUGGUCACAAAAUAUAUGGACCAAAAGGUGUAGGUGCUCUGUACAUUCGUCGUCGACCAAGAGUGCGAAUAGAACCUUUACAGAGUGGAGGUGGUCAAGAGCGGGGCAUACGCAGUGGCACUGUUCCUGCUCCAUUAGCUGUGGGUCUUGGUGCAGCUUGUGAAGUUGCCAUGAGGGAAAUGGAUUAUGACCACAAAUGGAUCACGAUGUUAUCACAACGUCUGUUGGACAAAAUUUUUAAUAAUCUGACCCAUGUUGUUCGGAAUGGGGAUCCUGUCAGUUCUUAUCCUGGAUGUGUUAACUUGUCAUUUGCUUAUGUCGAAGGAGAGUCGCUGUUAAUGGCUCUGAAAGAUGUUGCACUGUCUAGUGGUAGUGCGUGUACGUCAGCCUCCCUUGAACCAUCCUACGUCUUGCGUGCCAUUGGUACAGAUGAAGAUCUGGCUCACUCAUCCAUUCGAUUUGGCUUUGGCCGUUUUACAUCAAUGGAAGAGACUGAUUAUACAGCAGACCUAACAAUUAAACAUGUUACCAGAUUACGGGAGAUGAGCCCUCUGUGGGAAAUGGUUCAGGAAGGUGUGGAUCUAAAGCAGAUAAAGUGGUCUCAACAUUAAAAGGCGCGAAGGAACUUCGCAAGCAUUUCUGUGCAGCUGUACGGAGGUGCUGUGUGAAAAAUGAAAAUUUAUGAAAUUUUGUAAAUUAUGUAUCUGUGUAAUUCAUUAUUUAAUGUAUUAAAACUGCAAGUCGUUCAAUUGUUCCUACUGUUCUGUUGUAGAGGCAACACGUAUUUGCCCAUAUUUUGCCAUUCCGUGUACACUUAAUGUUGAUGGAUGUAGGGCAGGCAAAUGAAAAUGAGGCAGAUGGAAAAAAGUAAGUAAAAUGUUAUUGUUUCAAAAGUAACUGUCAUAAUUUUAAAUACAUUUGUCCCACUGUGAGACAAGACAGCCAGUUUAUUCAUGGAAAAAUGUUUGCAGUUGCCUACAGGACCAUGAUUGUACCUAAGCAAUGAACCUCUUUGUCUGAAGCAAAUCAGUGGACACGAAUGUCUGUUUUCGGGGCUCCACUAAUAUGGAAAUCACAUUGGGAGAGAUCAGGACUACAUGGAGGAUGUGUCGGGGAAGUUCGCAUCCUCCAUACAGUCCCAAUCUCUACUCGUGCAAUUUCCAUGUUUUGGAACCCUGAAGAAAGACAUUUGUGUUCUUCUUCUUCUUUUUUUUUUAUUUAUUUAUUUUUUUAUUUUUAAGACAAUUGUGGUUCCAUAGGCAGUCGCAAACAUUUUUCCAUGAAGGCAUAAUUGACCAUCUUGCCUCACAGUGAGAUAAAGGUGUUAACAGUUGUGGCAAUUGUUUUUCAAAUAAUAAACAAUUUUCUUACUUUUUUGGCAUUUGCCUCACUUUCAUUUAACUGCCCCAGAGAGAGAGAGAGAGAGAGAGAGAGAGAGAGAGAGAGAGAGAGAGAGAGAGAUGAUAAACUUUAUAAUGCCAGAACAAUAGUAAAUAAAAACAGUGUGGCGCCAUAUGCUCUUACAAGCUUUUGGAUCAUGGAGUACCACAUGUAUGUGAAAGACAAGUUAAGCAGUUAGUUUGCAGGCUACAUUUGAGACAUCCAGGGUCAGAAAUGAUAUGUUGUCUCUUUGAAAGCCAUAAAUUAAUUUACCUCUGCCUUACAUUUCCAUCCUUGGUGUUCUUUAGUCCCUAUGAUAGAAUGUUGUUUGGAUAAUGUAAGAUUUACUACUUUUUACUCAUAGUGUGACAUGCCAAACAUUAAUAUUAUAGUCAUUUAGGGCACAAGGGAUGGUUCACUUGCACAAAAGUUCUUGGUGGCAUGUGCUUAAGAUUUACUGAAUAUGAACAGGACUUCAGUAGUUCAUGCUUUUGGUAUACAGAGAUGUCCAUAAUUUUUUAACUGUUUGAUAUUUGUGGAAUAAAGUUUUAUUUGGAAAUUUA